AUGAAUGAGCGAAGAGGAGGGUGGUGGGACCCCGCUAAACCUGGCGUCUGCUUCCCUCCCUCCCGCAGCGCUGGCCGUGCGGUUCCUGACCCGGCGGUUCAUCGGAGAAAUGGUUUGGGUUGGAAGGGUGGUGGGACCCCGCUAAACCUGGCGUCUGCUUCCCUCCCUCCCGCAGCGCUGGCCGUGCGGUUCCUGACCCGGCGGUUCAUCGGAGAGUACGCGUCCAACGCCGAAUGCAUCUACACAAAACACUUAUGCCUGGAUGGGAGGCAGAUACACUUGGAAAUUUAUGACCCUUGUUCACAGCCACAGCGGGGGAAGCUCUCCCUCACAGAUGAGCUCCACUGGGCUGAUGGAUUUAUCAUUGUUUACGACAUCAGUGACAGAGCAUCAUUUGCAUUUGCAAAAGCAUUGCUGUACAGGAUCCGAGAGUCUCACAUAGGAGCUUGUAAAAAAAUGGUCGAGUCCUCAGUAUUUUUGGUUGGUAAUAAACAGGAUUUAUGCCACAUGAGGGAAGUUGGCUGGGAUGAAGGACAGAAGCUGGCUAUAGAUAACAAGUGCCAAUUCUGUGAACUGUCUGCAGCAGAACAUUACCAGGAAGUUGUGACAAUGUUCACCAAAGUCCUGAGGAAUAUCACCACAAAUUUCAAAGUGAAGGAAAAGAGACGACCAAGUGGAUCAAAGUCAAUGGCCAAGUUAAUCAACAAUGUGUUUGGAAAGAGAAGGAAAUCUGUGUAAAAGAUGGUUAGUCUUGAAGUAGGAUCAAGCUGAAAUAAUGGAGCACAGGCAGCUCUUGGGAUUCAGUCAAUUUCCUCCAAAGGUCAAUGUCUGGAGGAGUAAGAGAGUAGAAACCAAAGGUGGAAGAUAGUAUGGGCAAGUGGACAGGGUCUAAACCUAGAAGACCUGACCUUCUAGUCCCAGUUCUGCUACACAUUUACUGUGUUAGGGCUAUGUCACUUAAACUCUAAGCUGCUCCUCUCACCCUUUAUCUCCUAAGUUCUUCAGAGGACAGUCUUAGACUGUAUUUAUUCAACAUCAACAUGGUCUUCAAUAGAGCUUCUAGGUGUGACUGAAGUAUAAACAGUUAUUUCCAAUAAACUCAGCCUUGCUAAUCAAAAUCUUACUUCAGAAUUCUGAGUAGUAGUUGAUUUUUUUUUUUUGUGCAAGAACAUUUUCACUGAAGAAAAGCAAAAUACUGCUGCUUCACCUGAUAAUGUAUUUGUAUUUAACUCAAGGAAGGAUGGCUCAGAUCCUGGUGUACCUAAAGGUCCUUAACACCUGCUGAAAUCCGUAUGAAUUAAAUGGGAAAUCUACAAAAGGUAUUUACCUGCAAAGCUGCCUUGCAGAGGCACCAGAAGUAGGGAAAAAGAUAAACAAAGCAGCGUUGUCUCCUGUUUCAGUAUCUUUUUUUUUUUUUUUUUUUGGAGUGGUGAAAGCAAGUAGAGAGGGUUGAGGAGGGCGGGAAGUGAAAUGUUAGUGAAAUGUUAGUCAGGGAGCACUGGACUGUUUUGGCAAGGUCAUUCUUUAGUGAAAUAAUUUUAUGGCUCAGGCCAGUGUAAUAUUUUUGGGCUGAUCCCUUUCACAAGGAGGUUUUUGUGGGCUGUAGCAGUUUCCUUACCUGUAAAGGUGGAUGGUGUUCAGUUUUAGAGGGGAGGGCGAGCUUGAAAAAGCACAUGGACUGGCAAAGAGCACAAGUUUUUUAGGAUGUCUGCCUGGGUUUAAAGGUCAGCCUGCUGGCAACACCCGUGCUCCUCACUUCCAUAGAGUGUUUUUCAUAAGGACCAGUGUCUUUUAAAACAAGACAUCGCUAUGGUAUUGAAAUGCCACUUGGGAGAGCACUAAGGAGUAUUUUAGCUACACUUGUCAAAUGUGGGUAUUAAACAUCAGGUGAGUCUAAAUCUGUUGUCGACUGACAUUCAGAGCUCUUACUGUAGACUUCACUCCAACAGGGCUUAGCCCAGCGUGUUGGAAAGUGCUGUGCUCCUACAGAAAUUAUGAAAGGGAAAAGAAGUGGUCUGAAGAUAAAUUACUGCCUCCUACCCAUUCCAGAAGACAGCUGGGGUUCAGUCUUUGUAAGUUGCUGAGUUGAAGCCUACCUCCGCUCUGAAAUUUUACCUGCAUUGAAACUAGUAAGAUUCCUUUAUCAGUCACAGCAGAAUACUGAUUUUCAAAUGUCCACUUCUGUAUAAAACAUAAAAAAAGCUAUAUAAUCUUAGCAUUACUGUUGCGAGGUAAAACUAAAGCACAUUUUAAUAAGCGUUGACCAAAGAUCACUUCCUUCUUAUAAGGAAAAGAUACUACUUUGUGUUUUGUUUUUUUUUUAACUUGUUUUAAGACUACAAAUAUUGGAAUCUAGUUCUCAGUGUUGAUAGACACAGUGUUGCUACGUUUCUAUGCAGAUGCUGCUCUGCCAUAUCAGGAGUAGUGUAUUUAACUGUACUGUCAGUAUCUGUGAGGCUGAACUUGAAGACUACUUACAUAAAUGCUUCAGCUUUCCAGCACCCAUGGAAUUCCAGAACUACUAAUAGACUGUUCAUCUGUCAGGCAGCUGUAUCUCACCAACUCUAGCAUUGCCAGAUUGGAAAACUUCUUCUUUGUAAUUACUGUUAUGGUAUUAAAUAAACUGGAUAUAAGGUGGAUGUA